AUGACUGCUCUAUUCCUCCCUCAUUCGUUGGCCGGCUACCCAAAAGUUGAGUUUGUUUCCCUCCCUACCGUUGAUGCGCAGAACCGGCGUCGCCCCCAAAUCAAAUUCUCCCGUUGUCCAUUAAUACUCCGACCAGCAACUGCUCCGUUCCUUUCUCCUUCACUAGCCGACUACCCAAAAGCUGAGUUUGUUUCCCUCCCUACCGCCUGCUCGCAGAACCUGUUCCCAGCUAUUAAUCUCUUGAUUGAGGAUGAAGAAGAUGACAUGCAAAGAGAUGAAGAUGAAGAAGAUGACAUGGAAGGAAAUGAAAAUGAUGAUGACGAUGAAGAUGAACUUGAAGACGACGCUUGUGAAACUUUUAGUGAUGAUAAUGAUAAUAAUAAAGAACAUGAGUUUGCUUAUUCUGAAAGUGCAUCGGUAGAGCAAGUAGAAAAUGAGACAUCUACUCACGAUUCUAAUAGAUCCCCAUCUAUUGAUUUAGGUGCAAGUGUAGAUGACACAUCUUCAAGGUCAAGGGGUAAGUGGCCUAGUGUAGGGUUACAGACUCCUAUAGAUCCAUUCGACAGAUUGCGUAUAACUCCUAUUGGGGAGAGGUUAUUGAUUCAGAAGGAGAAUUUUCUUUGUAAGACUGAUGAAGCUGGGGAUGAGGGAAUCAUUGCUCAAAUGUCUCAAAUUAGCCUUUCUAAGGAUCAGAUUCAUAAACUCAUGUCUCUCAUCAAUGAACAGCCAUCAACCAAUCAUCAAGACAUUGCUACAACAUCAACAUCAAAUCAACAGAGUAAAACUGCUUUGGUGAAUUCAACUAUGGCAGGUACUACUAAUCAUAUAGCUUAUAAUCUGAAAUAUUUUAUUGCCAAUAGGAAACAGCAUCAAUCAGCUUCAAAUUUUGAUUUUGAACCACCUUAUUCCCAUAUUGAUCAUUCACUUAUUCACCCACUAGUCAUUCAAGAUACACUUCCUGUUGAUCAUACUCUUCAACAACAUUCUGUUAAUAGUCCUGUUGCUAAUAAUUCUUCUGAUCCUGUUGUUGAUAAUCUUGAUUCUAUCUCUAGCAAUGAUCUGUCUAAUUUGAAUGUUGAUCUAUCUAAUUUGAAUGUUGACCUGCCUGACUUGAGUGCACCUAUAGUUUUACCUGUUGAAGAACCACAAUCUUUUAAUUCUCCUUCCAACCUUAGAAAAAGCACUAGACAAAGACACCCACCAAAAUAUCUUGAAGCCUAUCAUUGUACUUUUCCUACACAAGCCAAUCUUGUUACCAAAUAUCCUAUCACCAAAUAUUUGUCUAGUGAACAACUUUCACCUACUUAUAAAGCUUUUACAGUGGCCUUGUCUCAUAUACCUGAACCCAUCUAUUAUCAUCAAGCUGUAAAAUAUGUUCAAUGGAAGGAGGUUAUGAAAUUUGAAUUAGAUGCUUUAGAGGUAAAUGCGACAUGGACAGUGGUGCCUUUACCUCCUAAUUGUCAUGCCAUUAGGUGUAAGUGGGUCUACAAAAUCAAGUUAAAUGCUUAUGGUUCUGUUGAAAGAUAUAAAGCACGAUUAGUGGCAAAGGGUUAUAGUCAGAGGGCAGGGUUUGAUUAUCAAGAUACAUUUAGUCCCGUGGUUAAACAUACCACUGUUCGAUUGUUUUUAGCAUUGGCAGCCAUUAAAAGCUGGUUUUUUACUCAGCUUGAUAUUAAUAAUGCUUUCUUGAUUGGGGUUUGA